CCGUGCAAAAGUACAGUCGUGUUCUGGGAGCAGUAAAACCGAAAACGCUAUAUGACUGUUGAUACCACAUGACAGUCAAACGUCAAUCAAUCAUUUUCAAAUCCUCAUUUAAAACCAAGAUCAACGGUCAACGGAAAAACGGCCAUUUGAAUCCUUUCUUCCUUCAGUUCGUCAUUCGUCCCAUCCUCUGCCAAAGAAUUUUAUAUUUUAAAUUUAUAUCCUUAUACUUAUUGUGUUUUUUUAAUUUUUAACCGUAUGUAUUUGUUCCUUUAGUACUUUAGUAGUGUUAAUUUAAUUCAACAAGAAGUUGUAAGAAGUAAGAAUAGAAGAAGUAACGUUGUAGGUAGUUUUUUUUUUCAAUAAAAAUAUGGAUUCGAAAGUCGAUUCAACUGCAGUUAAAGUGGCAGUAAGAGUAAGGCCUCUGGUUCAAACGGAAAUUGCUAGAGGAUGUCAGGAAAUCGUCGAAGUUAUUCCUGAAAACGAACAAGUUGUACUUAAAUCCCUUGACAAAGCCUUCACAUUUAAUUAUGUUUUGGGAAGCAAUACCGAACAAGAUGAACUUUAUAAUAGAUGUGUAGCUCCACUACUCAAGAGUUUAUUUGAAGGCUUCAAUGUGACAAUCUUUGCCUAUGGACAGACAGGCUCUGGUAAAACCCAUUCAAUGGGAACUGCCUACUGCGAAGGCGAAAAUGUAGGCGUUAUUCCUAGAGCUGUGCACGAAAUAUUCAGCACUGUUAAAGAUCAAUUUUCUUUUGACUUCACUAUCACAGUUUCCUUUGUGGAAUUGUACCGGGAAAUUCUCUAUGAUCUUAUGUCAGAAAAAUCAAAGGAACAGUGUAUACUGGAAAUACGUGAAGAUUUGACAAAAGGCAUCCAUAUUCCGAAUUUAACGGAAAUUCCGGUUGAGUCUGCACAACAAAUACUAGAUGUCCUGAUCAAAGGAUCUCGCGGGCGAGCCACUGCAUCAACUAACAUGAACGCUACAAGCUCAAGAAGCCAUUCAAUUUUUACCGUUAACCUUGCCAUGCAACAUAAAGUCGAAAAACAUCAAAACAGGACUGCCAAACUGCAUUUGGUCGAUCUGGCUGGCUCAGAACGACCUAAAAAGACCGGUGCAAGUGGCACGACAUUUAAAGAAGGCGUCGACAUCAAUAAAGGACUAUUCGUGCUCGGCAAAGUUAUAAGCGCCCUGGGCGACGAAAAAUCGCAAAAUAAUUUUGUUCCUUACAGAGACAGCAAUUUAACCAGACUCUUGAAAGAUUCGCUGGGUGGCAACAGCGUCACACUGAUGAUAGCCUGCAUCAGUCCGGCCGAUUAUAAUUUGGAAGAAACCUUAUCGACAUUGAGAUAUGCAGACCGGGCCAGGAAAAUCAAAAACAAACCGAUUGUGAAUCAAGAUCCAAAAACUGCACAAAUAAAUGACUUAAAGAAGCAGAUAAAGCUUUUACAGUUACAGAUUGUUGGCCAAGGUGGGCCAAUGAUCACUGCUAGUGAGAUUGAUCACCUAAAAGCCAGCAAUCAGGAGCUGAAAGCUCAAUUAUCUGCAGCCUUGUUGGAUAAAACCGGUUUACACGAGAAAGUCCACAUACUACAAACCGCCAAUGAAGUGCGGGACGAAAAAGUAUCGAAACUUAAGGAUGAUUUCAAUAUUGCGUGCACUCAAAUUAACCUAGGGUUAGAAAAUCAGGACCUAGAAAUUGUUAAAGAAAACGUCGCCAAGUUGACUGAGAUACAACAAAAUUUCAACAAUUUACACAGUGACCAACUAAAAACUCAGGAUGCAAUAAGAAAUCACGAGGAAACAUUUGAAAUUCUGGUACAGUCAGCCACAAAAACAUCUCAUAUGCCAAUAGAUGUCCAAGAAAAAGAAGAAUCGCAUAGAACAGUUCAAUUGGACCUAAAUUCCCAACUGCAAGAAGUCUUCAAACAGUUGGCACUAAAAGAACAGUUGGCAAGGCAAUUGCAGGCAAAUACUCAGUACAUGGUUGACGAACAAGGCAUGCUAGAAACUGCCAGAAAAAUUGAAAACUUAGAGAAAGAGAAACAUGAACUAUUGCAGCAAUUGAAAAAUGUUAAGUGUCAGGAAAAUUCGCAAAAAGUGUCUGAAAAACGGAGAAAGAGAGUACAAGAACUGGAAGAACAACUCAAGGAUUUGAAGAAAAAGGUCACAGAACAAUCUCGUCUUAUUAGGCUUAAAGAAAAAGAUGAGCAAAAAAUCAGACAACUCAAUCACGAAAUAGUCAGCAUCAAAACCGCCAAAGUAAAAUUAUUCAAACAAAUGCGAGAGGAGGCCGACAAGUUUAGGACUUUGAAACAAGACAGCGAAAGGAAACUAGCACGUGUUAAACAACAAGACAACAAAAAUAAGACGGAAAUGGCUAAAAUGAAGGUGGCACAUGAAAAGCAGAAGAACGUGCUAAAAAGAAAAUUCGAAGAGGCCGCUGCGCUCAGUAAAAGAUUACAGAACAUGUUGUUGAAACGUAAUCAUGUUCAAGAAAAUAAGUUUUCUAAUAAAUAUGAGAAAGUUGCAAACUGGCUAAGAGAAGAACUAGAGGUUCAUGUGAACUUGGCCGAGGCUCAAUUUACGUUAGAUGAGUUACUAGAGGACAGAGCUACUCUUCAAAAACAGAUGGACGAUUUAAAAGCAAAUCCAGAAACGGAAAACGGUCUCGAAGUAAAAAGUAUCGAGAGCGAUUUGGAGUUGAGGUCGUUGCAAAUCCAAGAAUUGCAGCAGAAGCUCUUAGACUCUGAUGAAGGUAGUAAAUCCAAAGUGAGAUUUGAUGUAGUUCAAACCAUGAUAGAAGCAAAAUAUGCAUUGAGGUCCAUUUUCGAACAAGCUGCUGAAAAUGGCAAAAUAAUGGUUCAAGUUAGACGUGCUAUGACGGAGUUGCAAGAGUCAUAUAAAGAGGUAAUGGAAAAAAAUUCCCAACUUGAGGCAAACUUCGCCGAACAGAUGGCAAAUACUGAAAGAGAAUAUCAGGAAAAGGUGGGCGUUUUAUUAAAGCAAAUGCGAGGCAUAAAGAACAAAGAUGUAAGUCCAGAAUCUGAAGUGUUAUACAGAUGUGAGAUCCAGGAUGAAAAAAUAGUGGAUCAAGAGUCAACCAUACAACAACAGCAACAAAAGAUUGAAGAAUUGCAAGAAAAACUCAAAGCCAUCCAGGAUACAGCAGCACAACAAUUAGAUAAUUCAAAUAAACGAAUUCGAAGGGACCAAACAUUUACUGCUCCAGAUGAUGUGGAUUUGGUGGAAAAAACACCACAACACAUAGAAUACCGCAGACCACAAAAAUUCAAAUUGAAAAAAUCCUCUGUAGUGGUGGACUUUGCGGAUUUAAGUGAUGAAGACAUUGAAAAUAAUAUUGCGGAUGAUGUCAAGAAUGAUCCCGAUUGGAGAAAUACUCCGUUGGGUAAGCGCCUAAUCAAAGAACAAAAAAGCAAACUGAUAGUGCUAGGAAGUAAUACUUUGAAUUUUAUGGACGCCGAAUCUGACUCGCUGGCAGGGUCCAAACGUUCAUCGAAUGGUGGCUGCACAUGCAGAGGGAACUGCAAAUCUUCCAAGUGUGGCUGUAAAAAACUCCAAAAAUCUUGUACAUCUUCAUGCAGAUGCAAAGAAACGUGUGAGAACCAACAAAUAUCCCAUUCAGAAGUGACAUCCACUGUAAAUCAAAUAAAUCCUAAUGAGUCAGACGAACAAGACGAUCAAUUCAAAAAGCAAAGAGACCCAGCCAAUUCCAGUCCUAAUUUAUACCAAAAUAGAAAAUUCCGAAGAGCUACAAGGUUUCAAGAUCCUGCAAUAUUGCAAUAUCAUUGAUUAGAUGAACAUGUUUCCGAUACAGAGAAACUACCUGCACCUACAAUUAUUCCUACAAAACUUAAGAAAAGCAGAUUUAUUGUGAAAAAUAACUAACUUUAUUUUUUAUAACUAUUUUAUUCAAUUUUAAGAUUUUGUACUGUAUAAUUAUUAGACAUAGAUAUAGACUGUGAUUAUUUAACUGAUUUAUUUUUUAUAGGUUUAGGAUUUAUGAAGUUAGUCUGUCAGUGUAUUCCUGACUAAGCUUUU